GGCAACACAGCAACAGGUUGGAGUUGUUGAACUUUCUGCACACCGAUCUUAUCAUUUUAUCCCCUUUUAUUGAGUCUGAAAUAGUGAAAAGGUCGAAGUCUCUGCAAGAUUAGUCAAUGGACAAAAACUGGUCGAAUUUAGUGUGAAAAGUUAGAUUAUUUGGCAUGUUUUUGGAAUUUUGGUCAAGAAGAGCAUCCUUGAGUGUUCAUGUAACCAUUACAAGUGUGAAGUGCUUUAUAAAUGUAACUUUUGAAACCCUAUUUUAAGCUAUUUAGAUGCAUUGAAGGGACUGAUCAUCUGCAUAAAAAAAUCAAUUUUGAUCAAAAAGCCGACCAAACUUUUCUCCAGUGAAGCAUCACGAAGGUUUAAGUGGACUUCUUGGGCUUUGCAGGAUGUUUUCCACGACUCUCCUCCUUACAGCGUUCUGUGUUUAUGCGCAUUUGGACACUUUUACGCAGGGGUGCCAGCUCCCCUCCGAGUGGCGGCCGCUGAGCGAUGGAUGCCGGGCGGAGCUGGCGGAGAUCAUCGUCUACGCUCGGGUCCUAGCCAUACACCGAGAGCCCUUGGGCGGCGUGGCAGGUAGCCUGAGCCUGUACAAUUCGCUGCCCUUCGGGUUCGGUUAUGGGUACGAGGGCACGGAGGAAGGGCUGUUGUACUCGGCAGAGGUGGAGCUGCUGUGCGACCAGGCUUGGGGCAGCAUGCUGGAGGUACCCUCUGGAUCAAGGCUCAACCUGACUGGGCUAGGGUACCUGUCCUGCCAGUCCUACACCGUGAUGGAGAACUACUCCUACUUCUUCUUCCUCAGGAUGGACGAGAACUACAACAUCCUCCCCCAUGGGGUCAACUUCCAGGAUGCCAUCUUCCCCGACACAACUGAGAACAGGCGCAUAUUCUCGAGUCUCUUCCAGUUCUCCAACUGCACCCAAGAGAGCCCACCAUUCCACACCUUCAGCCCGGAGUGGGACAUCCAGGAGGACAGCAGGCUGCUGUGUUCCUCAGUGCAGGCGGUGCUAUUUGAGGAGGAGGAGCGAGGCCGCAAGAUGCAGGAGCGUCUGGCUGCAGCAGAGAGGAGAAACCGGCAGCUGAAGGAGCGCAUUCGCAAGGUGAAGCGUUCCCUGAGGAACGCCCGCAAGGCCACGCGCAAGGCUGAGCAGGAGGUGCAGGAGCUGCAAGAGAAGCUGAAGGCUGCCAAGCGGAGAGAGGGGCAUCACCUCAAUGCCAUAACGCAGGAGGAGCAUCCACCUGGGCAUUAUGCAAGCACAGCAAUGCGCCAGCGAAUGCAACUUUAACUAAUCCUACCUGCCCCAACUUGCAACCCACUUGGACUGAAAACUAGCUGUGGAGAGUGAGAGGCUGCUGGGCGGUCUCUGAGCAAGGGACAUACAAAUAGCAACUGUCACAUAUGAGUAAACACACUUUUAAAGUAAUAAUCUAUAUAGUUUUGUUGUAAGUAAAGUACUCUUUCUCUCUUUUAUAACCCCGAUUGCAAUAACACAACCGUAUAGGGUCAGGAAGACUCCUGGUCAUCUGACAAAAGAACGAAAACGUUUCCUGAAUGAGAAUCAAACAUUUAUUUUCUUGAUAAUUCCUCUUGCAGGUGGAGCAGUGCUGUAGCUCAGCUGCCUUCCUGAAUGGAUAGAGGUGCUGCUUGAAGUUUGAACGAUGUAUGUGUUUGCUAGGUAGGGGCAGUGUCUAACAAAAGACUCUAUUGAGCACUAUUAGAAGUAUAGGAUCCAGUGUUAGAAAGUCAGACUAAGAGUCAGAAUAUCCUUGCUUCUGCUGCACUGAUUUCUUUUUAAAAAUCUCACUAUAGCAAAUGCACCAAUUUCAUAUAAAUCAAAUCACUAGAAUACCCCUUUAAAUACAAUAUUUUGUUCUCAUAGUCCAAACACAUUGCCAAAAAAAAUUGAAUUUCCGGCAUCUAAUAUGUAAAGCUGCAUUAACUGAGCAGCAGAAACUAGCUGAAAACACAGCAGUGACAUAUUAUCACUCUUUAAGUUAAUAUAGCUAACUUGUUACCAAGCAGUUGCUGACUUACACAUUCAGCAGACUUUAAACAACAUUAGGAUUAAUUUGAAGUUUUGUUUCUGUUUAACUGAUGUAUUUAAUUCUAAUAUAUACUUUCCUUUUAGCACUAAUUUGCCCUCCACCAACCACUGAGGGAAAUAUCCUAAAUGCUCCACUAUGUAUAAUUUCAUCUAUUAAUGUUUGAUAUGGGGCAAGUAGAGUAUAGUGGAUUUUUAGAGCUGUUUGUCUGCUGUGUCUGAAAAUGACAAUGUCGAUGAGAGCAGUGACAAUAAACCAACACAGUUAAGAUGCGGGCCGCAAAACCAAAACAAUGAACUGAAAGAUGCUAAGAGUGUAUCUGCAGAGUCAGGUGAUAAUUCUCUGUAAAUUCAUCCCUGCAAGCAACCCCUUCCACAAUACAUAUUGUAAUUUGACCUAUUGUUAUUAUAAAACUAUUGAUUAUAUCAGCUUUAAGUAAAUGAAAGACCUGCGUUGGCAUUUAUGGUCUUUUAGUUUUUGUUGCUUUUUGUGACACAUAGUGUAUGACAAUCUGCCACAACCAAAGAAUUUAACUUAAUCAGACACAUUCAAAUUGCCAUUUAUGUGAUUGCGGACUAAAAGAGCACUGAUAAGAGACAAUACAUUUAAUUCUAAACAUGCUGUGAUUAAUCAACUUUCACUUCAAAUUAAAUUUUUAGCAGAGAGUUGAAUGUCUUUGAAUGAGAAUUCUGGGAUGUUUGAGAGGGUUCAUUUAUUAUUAAUUCAAGUCUGGAACAUCAUCUUGUAUUUGAUAUA